GUCGGGUCAGCUAGGCAUCAUCAUGCCUGCAGCUGUGAUUAUGGAGGAAAAUUUUGAUAAAUUAUUGGAGCAGUGUGAAGCCCAAGAGCUCGAGGCUCCAGGGGGCAUCGCGACACCUCAAGUCUACACUCAGUUGCUGGCGCUCUAUUUACUACAUAAUGACAUAGCGUACCAAACCGAAGAAGUUGUUUAUCGAACAUCCUCUAAUGAAAGGAACAAUGCCAGGUAUCUAUGGAAGCGGAUUCCCCCAGCAAUAAAAACGGCAAACCCUGAAUUACCAGCUGUUUGGGCUGUUGGCCAGCGCAUUUGGCAGCGAGACUUUCCAGGAAUCUACACAACCAUCGCAGCUUACCAGUGGUCAGAGAAUAUUCUUCCGGUCAUGGAGGCCCUUCGAGAGAGCACAAGACAAAGGGCGUACGCGCUAGUGGCCCAGGCAUAUACUUCCAUCACAGCAGAAGAUUUUGCAGCCUUUGUGGGCUACUCUGUGGAAGAGGCAGUAAAGGGUGUUGUGAGCCAGGGCUGGCAGGCCGACCCCGCUACCAGGAUGGUGAUGCCCAAGAAGCCAGGAUAACCCGCCACAACCACUGCCACCCUUUUUCGCCUGCUUGGUACAAAGGGAGAACACAAGUUUGCAUAGACUCUUCCUCCUUCCUACAGCUUGCAAAGUCCCACUCCCUGAAAAUGAUGUACCAAAAACACACCCAUCAUCGUGUAGGAUUGUUGCAAGCUCUUCUCCACGACCUGCCUAUUUAUGUUCAGUGACUAAUAUAGCAUCUUGACAAUUGGCUACAAUGUUGUAUUAUAUAUAUAUAUUUUUCAGUUCUUUGCAACCUGGCUGAUGCAGAAAUUCUGAUCUGAAUUUCAAAGGAAGUGUCACAGGAAAUAAUUUUCAUCACUGUCAAUAAGUUUUUUCAUUGCUAAACACAACAGAAUAAAUACACAAAGCGGUAGGUACACAAUGGCCUUUCUGUCUCAGCACUUAAAGGUUUUCCUGAAACAAAUUUUGUCAGGUAACAGAAGUCUUGGCAUGCAUGCAUCACUGUGUGGAGUAGGGCUGCAACUAACGAUUAUUAUCUGAUCAUUUUCUCAAUAAAUCGUUUAUUACACGAAAUGUUAAAACAUUGUGAAAAGAAAUGUCAUUCACAAUUCAACAGAGGCGACAGUGAUGUAAUUAAUUUGCUUGUUUUGUCUGACUUAAAUGUUUAGAUAUACAAUUUACUGUCAGAUAUGACAUGGACAAGCAGCAAAUAAUCACACUUGAGGAGCCAUCAAACGUGUGGCAUUUUCUUUCUGGAAAAAUGACGGAAACGAUGAAUCAACUACUCUUGCAGCUCUAGUAAGGAGUUCAGUACUCAGACCUCGUAUUUGAAGUUUAUGUUUUGACUGGUGAAUAAAUAUUUUGCUGU